AUGGACAUCGCUUCAGGACUAGCCGGGCUGUCUUUAAAUGAUGAACAGCAAUCGGCGCUGAAUUUGCUUUUCCUCAAGAACGAUAGUAGCUUGGAUGUCACCCAGGUAAAAGAGGGCCUGGACCUGGUCGGCUUCAAGAUACCGCUGUGGAAGGUUCGCGGCAUUUUUGAUGAGCUCGAAAAGAAAAAACCAGUGCAAGAUAAGGGCCGCCUAUCAAAGAAUGAGUUUUUCAAGCUGUGCAAUGACCUUCGAUCGCAGGACGUGGCUCAGUCCUUCAAAUCGUCAAUUUCCAAACGAGGAAAUCUCGAGACAUUGGGCGGAAUGAGUGAAGCCAGCUCCAGCGGAACUACUCACUCGGUCAGGCAUGAAGAACAAGUUGCCUUUUCCGAUUGGAUCAAUACCAAUCUUUCCCGAGACUCAGACCUAAGGGAGCUGUUGCCAAUUGAUGCUGAAGGAAAAUCUCUUUAUGAAAGGGUAAAAAGUGGUAUCCUUUUGUGUAAAAUCAUCAACCAUUCCUGUCCUGAUACAAUUGAUGAACGUGCCAUAAACAAGAACAACCUGAAUGUCUACACGAUGCACGAAAAUUUAACACUCGCGCUAAACUCAGCACAAUCGAUUGGAUGCAACAUCAUCAACAUUGACGCUCACGACCUUUCCAAAGGAAGGCCUCAUCUGGUUCUCGGCUUGCUGUGGCAAAUCAUUCGCAUUGGUCUAUUCAAUCAGAUCACCAUUGAGCACUGUCCAGGUCUAGUGAACCUUCUUGGAGAAAAUGAGGAGAUGUCUGACCUGCUGAAGCUGUCACCGGAGAGCAUUCUCCUUCGAUGGGUGAACUUUCAGCUGGAAAAGGCCGGUGUGAACCGCCGCAUCACCAACUUCACCUCAGACAUCAAAGACUCUGAAGUUUACACGCACCUUCUUCAUCAAAUUGCACCAAAGGAACGAAACGUCACCAAGGAGGCAUUGCGAAUAAAUGAUCUCCUGGAGAAGGCAGAGGUCAUGCUGACGCAGUCUGACAAGCUGGGAUGCCGCAGUUUCCUCACCCCACAGAACGUCGUCGAUGGCGUGUACAAGCUCAAUCUUGCCUUUGUAGCUAAUUUGUUCAACAACUAUCCUGGGCUAGACACUCCGGAGAACAUUGAGCCACUGGAGACGAUUGAAGAGACACGAGAAGAGAAGACUUACCGCAACUGGAUCAACAGCAUGGGCGUCAAUCCUUACGUCAACUGGCUGUACAGUGACCUCGCCGAUGGACUCAUCAUCUUUCAGUUGUAUGACAUUAUCAAGCCAGGCAUCGUCAACUGGUCACGUGUGCACAAGACCUUCAGUAAGCUAAAGGGAUUUAUGGAAAAGCUGGAAAACUGCAAUUACGCCGUUGAGCUGGGCAAAAAGCUAAAAUUUUCAUUAGUUGGAAUUGCCGGGCAAGAUAUUAGUGAAGGAAAUCAAACAUUGACCCUUGCUCUCGUCUGGCAACUUAUGCGUGCCUACACUUUGACCGUCUUGUCCCAGCUGGCUUCAGAUGGCCAAGAGACAAUUGUGGAAAGUAAAAUUGUCGAGUGGGUUAAUGAAAAGUUGAAAGACGCUGGAAAGACAUCAGCAAUCAGGGGCUUUAACGACUCCUCCAUUACAACGGCCAUUCCAGUGAUUGAUCUCAUUGACGCCAUUAAGCCUGGUUCCAUCAACUACGGACAGAUUCUGUCCGGGAAAAACCACGAGGAAAAGUUGGCCAACGCCAAGUACGCCAUUUCCAUUGCUCGCAAGAUUGGCGCUCGCAUCUACGCACUACCUGAAGACAUUUCCGAAGGGAAGCAGAAGAUGGUGAUGACAGUAUUUGCCUGCUUAAUGGCGAGGGAUUACAUUCCUAAUUUGGGAACCAAAAGCGGUGAGCAGCAGGAGAAGCAGCCGGAGCAGGAGCAGCAGGAAUGA